GGAAGCCCGGCGUGUCGAUCGCCCCGGCAAAGAGGGUGCCAGGGCGACGACGAGGAUCUGCGGCGCAUAUCGUACAGCACACGCGUUCUCACGCUCCCCCUCCCCUCUCGAAAUGUCAUGCCAUGCCAUGCCAUGCCAUGACAUCCCGUGCUUGCUGCUCGCGGCCCCAUUCUAUCGCGAUCGGGCUCCUCGCAGAGCAGUGCCCUGGCGAGAUCGCGGUCCCUCUCGCUUGGCUCGCUGCCCGUCCUCGCCACGGUUUUCAAUCGUGCUAGCCGAUGGAUUCCGCGCGCAGCCCGCGCCCGUUGGGUUCCCGCGCCCAAGGACUAGCCCAGCCGCUGCUCCCCAGCCAUCGUCCCCCCCUUCACCAGCCCUUCUCACCCCUGCAUACCUACAUGUAAUCGCCCAUACCUAUCGCCUGUUCUCUCUCUCCCACUCUCUUCUCUUCUCCAACCUCCCCCUUCUUGUCUGCCUCCCACGCGUACCUCCAUCUUACACCCCCCCCGCGCGUCCCGAAGUCGACCUCUCGUCAUCCUUAGCCGCUAGCCACGUAAAUACCCUCCUCCCCCUCCAUUUAAGCCAUACCUACCUACCUGCCUACCUGUCAAUCCGCCCUCGUCCCUCCCACGUCCCGGGUAGAACCUCGGCGCUACCUCCGGCGGGCCGGUGGCUCUUGUCCUUCCCAGAGACGCAAUUGCUCAAUCGCAGUCGCGCUCAUGGUCAUCCGCCCCCCCUCCCCUCCCCGUCGAUCACCCCGCGCGAAUUGCUCCCCUCCCCGUCUCGCCUCUGCGUCUUUUUGUGUCCCACGCUAUUUUCCCCGAGUCCCUAGACCGGGUUGGUCAGCAACGCCAGAGGGAAGAAGGGGAAGAAGAAGGGGAAGGCCGUUCCCGGUUCCAACCCACCCUACCCCAACAACCCCCCUCCGAAAGAAGGAGGGUGAGGAGAACAAUAGCUACCUAGGUAGUAUCUAGAACACGUAGAGCCCAAUUGCGCUCGCGCGGAAGCCGAGAAGGGAGGUAAGCAAGUACUUAGGGCGACCGACGGACCCGUCUCGGCGCCCGCCGAACCGGAGCCGCGGUUGGUGGGCGAGGAGGAGAGGCAGCAGCGCGACGGGAGACGGCGUCGAGAUUGGCAAGUAAUAGCAGUAGGACGCCAGGUGUCUAGGACAUCCGCGUGUAUACGCACAUACGACCGCAAUCACCUGCCCGCCCGGACCCGCGUAGACACCUACGCUACGUAUAGUAGACAGACCCCCUAUCCUCA